UCAUCGUGUCUGAGUGUUCUUAAGAGUCGAGUCGGAGAAGCGCUGCUGGAUCUGCGGUUCAGCGCUGAAGUGCGGAUAGUUAGUUAGGUUAUUUAGCUCAGCAGCUCCGGUUUAUACUGAAGUUUAGCUUCAUUACUUUUAAACCAGCGUUUAAACAUGGCAUCGGGAACACCGUGCCUAAACAGUCGAUGGGAUCAGCCCAAACCGAAAGCAGGCGUGAUGCAGGGCAUUCUGGGCAACGUAUCCCAUGCCCUUUCUCCACAUACGGCAUCAGCUUCUGCUAACAAGGGGGCAGGUAGGGUGGGGAUUCAGCUUUCUGCAUCAGGACCUCCUGGCUCAGUGGUGCCCACUGCUUCUGGAAAUGAUUCCCCACAGGGAGGGGUGGAGAUGGCAGCUGCAAUGGCAGCCAAAAUUAAUGCCAUGCUAAUGGCCAAAGGAAAGCUCAAACCACUACAGCCUUUACCCAGUAAGGUGCCCCCAUGUGCUGCGCAGCUUGUCAGCAGUGAGGAGGUUGUCACUGAAGUGGACAUUAAUGACGUUCCGGUUAAUUGCAGGAAUCUGCUCACUAAAGGCAAAACCCAGGAGGAGAUCCGGCUGUACAGUGGUGCAGUGGUGUCCACUAAAGGCCUCUACAUGAGCGAUGUGGAAAAAUCGUCCAGUACAGGAGUAGAGAGACCUCUGUAUCUGCAUGUGCAGGGGCGCACCCAGGAUGAGGUCAACAAGGCUGUGCUGCGCAUUAAGGAGAUCAUCUCUGAGGACUUGCUGCGGGCAUCUGGAGGGCAGCAGCCUGCGGUGAUGCCACCGCUCCCCAUUUACCCACAGCCCCCCCGCCCAGCGACCCCUGCUCAGCCACUUCGCCCUCAUCUGCCCUCCAGUGCCAACCCGCGCCUACCGAACGCUCCAGUGACUCCUGCCCACAGACCCCCACCUCCACACUCGGGGAGUUUUGUCCACACUAAGAUAUUUGUAGGCUUGGACCAGUCGCUGCCGUCCUUCAACGUGAACGAGAAGGUGGAGGGGCCGAGCGGUACGUACCUGCAGCACAUCCAGACGGAGACGGGGGCGCGCGUGUUCCUCCGGGGGAAAGGUUCCGGAUACAUCGAGCAGGCUUCACGCAGGGAGUCCUUUGAACCACUCUACCUGUACAUCAGCCACCCAAACUCUGCUGGACUGGAAUCAGCCAAGAAACUCUGCGAGAGCCUUUUAGAGACGGUGCGGGCAGAGCAUGCACGUAUGCUGUCUAUGUACACGGCCACCGGCUCCACACAAGCGUACCCGUCUCAGGGGUACUCUUCCAGCAGCAGCUACAGUGGUCAGUCCUGGUACGGCUACCCGACUAAUGGCUAUACUAGCGCCUACCCAUCAUACCCUGCUGCAGGAGGAUACUGGAACCAAGCCAGUGAACCAUCCAGCCAGACCAGCGCAGACACAAAAGCCCCUGGACCUGCGCAGGGCAUGGUUCAGUAUCCGGUCUGCCCCCGCAAACCUUCUGCCUUCUUACUGCCGGAUGAUGACAGCCCACCCGGCACUACAACAAACACCUCAUCCAGCUCUCCUGACUCCAGGAGCCCAAAGAGACGGUUUAUAGAAGAGGGGGAAGAAGAAAAUAAGGACACUGAGCAGAAUAAGCCUGAUGAUCCAGUGAAGGAGACGGACUGUAGGUCUGAAGGUGGCAGUAAAUCCGAUGGAGUGUUGAUGCCCCCGCCUUCUGUCCUGAUGCUCCCAGCAGUGCGAAAGAGGCCGAGAGACACAGAGCAGCCUGCGCACUCCAACACGGGCCUGAAGGAGGAGAAGGAUGACGAGGAGGCUGUGGAAGUGAAGAAGACGAAGGUGUUUACUGAUUUAUCUGGACUCGUGCCAUAUGGAGGAGACUCCUCUGAUGAGGAAGAAGAGAGCAGGAGGAAGAACAGUGCGUAGACGUGUGCAGACGUGCGCGUGUGCACAGGACAAAUUGCCUGAUUUGGAUCUCUCUCAGAUGGAACUUUUCAGAUUUUGAAAAUGGUGAAACGGUUCCUAUGGAAUACAGAAAUAAUAAAAGAAUGAACUGUAA